AUGACCAAAGAUGAGAAUUUCUGCCGAGUGGCUUUGCUAUCCCGUCGUCCUCUCCGACAGUUGGACUUGGGCGACAUGGACUGGCCUGACCGAUAUGUUGCUGGCAUCAUCGAAUUACAGAACGGUGAUCAGUUUCAAAAGGUCAUUUUUAUUUGCAUUUAUGGUCAUGCUGGUGACACUGUGACUGCAAGGGCGCAUGCCCAGCAAAUUGUACAGCGGGUAGGGCAUUUUGCUCUACCAUGUGUCAUUGUUGGUGACUUCAAUCUUCAGAUGCAAGACUUGUCCAUGAUUUUGGCCAAUGGCUGGGCUCACUCGUUGGAUGAACCCUUUGAAGCCACUGGUCCUCUUCCUCCCACUUGCACUGGACAACGACGCAUUGACUUUGGCCUGGCCCAUCGUAUGCAUGCCACUUCUGUGCAGCAUUCCCCUGGAGUUGCUGACCACAGCUUGGUAACAUAUUCUUUUCCGCUGGAUCACACGCAGAGCUUUGUUGCGCCGAAGAGGGCAACGGUGGAUGUUGCAACCGCAGCCGAAGUUGCAGAGCGCUGGCAUUUGAAUGAUUUGAGUUCUUUCCAUUUUGCCUUGGAACGUGCUGAUGUCGAUGCUGCAUGGAGUGCUCUUUCCAAUAGCGCCGAGCGCGCGCUGUGUUCUUCUUUGGAUGGUUGCCGACCACGUGCUGAUGCGUGGGACCCUCGAGAUACAGGUGUACCUCACAAGGCUAUUGCUUGGAAGGAAUCGUUGGUCUUGCGUCAACUUCGUCGUCUCCAGAGGCGUGUGGUGCAGUUGACAAAGCAGUUGGAUGACAGACGCUUGAGGAGCGCCAUUAUUCGUGGUGCACAGCAUGUGCGUGCUUUGUUUCCUUGCCUUGACCUGGAUUUUUUGCAGAGCAAUUUGACUGAGGACCAGUUUCAAAUCAGGUUGAGCAGAUUGGUUGAGGACCUGGCGCACCUCAUCAACACAAGGGAAGGUUCUGAGCAGCAAGCUCGCUUGGUGUCAUGGCGGACUAAAAUGGUCAGCGAUCCAGUUGCUCAUCGGCGGUGGAUUAAACACCGAGCCCACUUGAAGGUCAUGUGGGAGCAGAUGGGUCCUGCUGUGAAAUCUUGGAUGCAGGUCUGGAAUUCAAAGAGUGCUUCGCCCCCUGACUUUCAAUCGUUUCUGGACAUGACUCCAAGACCAACGCAGGUUGCUUGUACUCUGGCCAUAACGGGCGUGGAGCUUGUGCGUGCUGCAAAAACGAUGGUUGGCAAAGCGUGCGGCCCUGACAGUUGGCGUGUUGAAGAUCUUCUUCUUUUGCCCAUGGAGUGGUGGUCGCUGUUUGCCGAUUGGUGCUUGCAAGUGGAAGUGUCCCAACGCGUUGGAGUGAAACCAGAGUUGCAUUGA